AGUAGGAGAGCGACGCCUGGUGUUCACCAGCAACAUUAAAGAAAAUGACAUACUGGGAGGGGAAGCAGAACAAACUGAAAUCUGCUGGGGGAUCCAUCUUGCUAGAAAAAGGAGCGAGGGUGAAGAAUAUUUCAGUUUAGUAUCUCAAAACUGUAUUGUUUCCCGUUAAGCGCGCUGGGGAGCCCGAAGAGGGACUGUGUCGCUGUUUGUAGGAUGUCCCGACAUGAGGGUGUGAGCUGUGACGCGUGUUUAAAAGGGAACUUUAGAGGAAGACGGUUCAAGUGUUUAAUUUGCUACGACUACGACCUGUGUGCAUCGUGCUAUGAGAGUGGAGCCACAACAACAAGACACACCACAGAGCACCCCAUGCAAUGUAUAUUAACCAGGGUAGACUAUGACUUGUAUUAUGGAGGAGACACUUUUUCAGUAGAGCAACCCCAAUCAUUCACAUGUCCUUACUGUGGCAAAAUGGGCUUCACAGAGACGUCGCUACAGGAGCAUGUCACCUCAGAUCAUGCAGAGACAUCCACAGAGGUGAUCUGUCCAAUAUGUGCUGCCUUGCCAGGAGGGGACCCAAACCAUGUCACAGAUGACUUUACAGCUCACCUAACAUUGGAACAUAGAGCACCAAGAGAUUUAGAUGAAUCCAGCAGUGUUCGACAUGUACGCAGGAUGUUCCACCCCGGACGAGGACUGGGUGGUCCUAGAGCACGACGGACAAAUAUGCACUUUAAUAGCAGCUCAACAGGGGGACUUUCAUCCUCUGCAUCGCAGAGCUCCACUUAUACCCCCAGUAACAGAGAAGCAAUGGACCCAAUCGCAGAGUUGUUGUCUCAGCUGUCUGGUGUACGGCGUGCAGCAGGAGGGCAAAUAAACUCUUCAGGACCUUCAGCCUCCCAGCUCCAGCAGCUCCAGAUGCAACUGCAGCUGGAGCGGCAGCAGGCACAGGCAGCACGACAGCAAGCGGAGACAGGCCGGCACGCAACACGACGCAGCAACAACCCAGCCAACACUGGUACCACCAUUCCUCCACCCAGCACAGGAAGUGCCAACACUGCCACUGUGGGUGAAAGCAAUCCCUCAUCCUCGUCCCAUACCUCCCAGUUCCUCUUAGCACGGUUGAAUGAGCCUAAGAUGUCCGAAGCAGAUCGGCAGUUUCUAGAAGGAGAGCACGCAGACCGCAGCCUGUUUGUCCAGGAGCUGCUUUUGUCUACACUGAUGCAUGAAGAGAGCUCUUCUUCUGAUGAGGAUGAGCGCCGAGACUUCACCGGCUUCGAAGCCAUGGGCUGUGUGGAUAUCAUGCCUUUAGACGUGGCGUACUUGGUAGGGUCGGUCCUUGGGGAAUGCUAUGACACAGCUGUCAACGAAGAUUCCACCAGGCAAGGAUGA